AUGAGGAGGCUGCUGGCCGCCUGGCUGCUGCUGCUGGGCAGCGCCCAGGUGAGGCCCGCCCAGCCGGAGGAGCGGGGCCCCCCGGGGGCGGCCAGCGGGCCCACUCGCCCCACGCUGCUUCCCGCGCAGGUGCGCGGAGCCCCGGCCAGGCCUCUCGCCCACCCAGGGUUUGAGGUCUUGGCUUCGGCCUCCCACUACUGGCCGCUGGAAAACGUGGACGGGAUCCAUGAGCUUCAGGACACAACUGGAGUGUCACGAACCCACCACCUCACUGUGCUCCCUCCCCAUAACUCCACCUUUGCCCUGGCCGGCGGCUCUGCCUACUCAAACCUCUCUGCAACUGUCGACAUCGUGGAGGGGAAGGUGGACAAGGGCAUCUACCUCCAGGAGGAGAAGAGGCUGACGCUGCUCUACUAUGGCCGCUACAAGACGUCCUGCAUCAGCAACCCCGCCCGCUGCGGGCCCCACGGCGUCACCUUCUCCUUCUUCUGGAAGACACAAGGGGGACAUUCAAGGCCUGCCCCAUUGGCCUACGGGGGACAGGUCAUUUCCGACGGCUUCAAAGUCUGCUCCAGCGGCGGCCGGGGCUCGGUGGAGGUGUACACGCGGGAGAACUCCCGGACAUGGGGGGCCACCUUCAGCCCGCCAGGCCCCUACUGGACGCAUGUCCUGUUCACGUGGAAGCCCAAGGAGGGCCUGAAAGUGUACGUGAACGGGACCCUGAGCACCUCGGACCCGAGCGGCAGCGUGUCGCGCGUGUACGGCGAGCCCAACGGCAGCCUGGUGGUCGGGUCCGAGCAGGACCAGGCCAAGCGCUACGAGAACGGCGCCUUCGACGAGUUCAUCAUCUGGGAGCGCGCCCUGACGCCGGACGAGGUCGCCAUGUACUUCACCGCAGCUGUCGGGAAGCACGUCCUGCUGUCUUCCACACCAGCAGGCAUCCUCGCGACCCCCACGGCAGACACACCGAUGCCCACCGAUGCCUACCACCCCAUCAUAACCAACCUGACGGAGGAGAGGAAACGCUUCCACAGCCCCGGAGUUGUGCUCAGUUACCUGCAAAACAUGUCCCUCAGCCUCCCCAACAAGUCGCUGUCGGAGGAGACAGCAGCGAACCUUACCGAGACCUUCCUGAGAGCCGUGGGCGAGGUGCUCCUGCUGCCCAGCUGGACUGACGUGUCAGAGGACAGCUCCGUGGUACUGGGCUUGAUCGACACGGUGGAUGCGGUCAUGGGCCACAUCUCGUCCAAUCUGCACCCCAGCGCGGCCCCAGUGGCCAUUGCGGGCCCCUCCUCCAUGGCAGACUUCUCCGUGGCCCAGCUGCGGCCCAGGACCUUGAACUCCUCCCACUACCGCUUCCCAGCCCGCGGGCAGAGCUACAUCGAGAUUCCCCACCAGGCCUUCCGCCGCAGCCAAGCCUGGACCACCGUCGUGGGCCUCCUCUACCACACGCUGCACCGGUACCUGAGCAACAUCCAGCCGGCCAGCACCAAGAUCGCGGAGGCAGCGCGGUACCCAGGCUGCCUGCUGUCUGCCGCCAGCCCCCUGAUCUCCCUGGAGGUGUCCCCGCCACCCGUGCUGUCCCAGAACCUGUCGGGCUCGCCGCUCGUCACUGUCCACCUCAGGCACAGACUGACGCGCCGGCAGCACAGCGAGGCUGCCGCCCAGGGCCACCGCGUCUUCCUGUACUGCGCCUUCCUGGACCUGAGCUCUGCAGGGGGGAUCUGGUCCAACGAGGGCUGUGCUCCAACAGAGGGAAACCUCAGCUACUCCACUUGCCGCUGCACCCACCUCACCAACUUCGCCAUCCUCAUGCAGGUGGUCCCGCUGAAGCUCGUGCACGGACACCAGGUGGCGCUCUCCUCCAUCAGCUACGCGGGCUGCUCCCUGUCCGUGGUCUGCCUGGCGGCCACGCUGGCCACCUUCGCCAUGCUGUCCUCGGUGAGCACCAUCCGGAACCAGCGCUACCACAUCCAUGCCAACCUGUCCCUGGCCGUGCUGGUGGCCCAGGUCCUGCUGCUCAUCAGCUUCCAUUUCGACGCCGGCACCGUGCCGUGCCGCGUGCUGGCCGUGCUGCUGCACUUCUUCUUCCUGAGCGCCUUCGCCUGGAUGCUGGCCGAGGGGCUGCACCUGUACAGCAUGGUGGUCCAGGUCUUCGGCGCCGAGGACAGCAAGCACCUCUGCUACUACGGCAUCGGGUGGGGCUGCCCCCUGCUCAUCUGCGUCAUUUCUGUGUUGUCUGCCACGGACAGUUAUGGGACCAGUAACAACUGCUGGCUGUCGCUGGGCUCUGGAGCCAUCUGGGCCUUCGUGGGCCCCGCCCUGCUGGUCGUGGCGGCCAACGCCGGCAUCCUUGUGGCUGUGACGCGGGCGAUCGCGCAGAUCAGCACCGGCAACUACAAGAUACACGGGGACCCCAGUGUCUUCAAGUUGACGGCCAAGGCCGUGGCCGUGCUGCUGCCCAUCCUGGGCACCUCGUGGGUGUUCGGCGUGCUCGCCAUCAACAGCCGGGCCGUGGUCUUCCAGUACCUGUUUGCCAUACUCAACUCCUUACAGGGCCUCUUCAUCUUCCUCUUCCACUGCCUGCUGAACUCCGAGGUGAGAGCCGCCUUCAAGCACAAAACCAAGGUCUGGUCGCUCACGAGCAGCUCCGCCCGCAGUGGCCAGGCCAGGCCCUUCAGCUCCGACACUGUGCACGGGACCCGGCCGGGCGCCGCCUCCACCAAGCUCAGCCCCUGGGACCCGAGCAGCCGCUCCGCCCCCCGCGUGGACCUGUCCGCCGUGUGACUCUGCGCUGCGCUCACGGCGCCUGACCAGCCGCCCCGCCAGGGCCCCGCUCCUCGUGACGACUGGACAGCCAUGGAGCCCCAAAGGCGUCCUCGACGCAACACUCCCAGGGACGGAACCCCGCUCAGCUCACGGCCGGGGCGGAUGGCAGCCUCUGAUCUGGCCUUCUGGGGCUGCGCGUCCACCCCUGCGGCGCCCCGGAUGCCUGCUGGUCCCGGGCCCAGUGCCCCUCCCUGCAGGGGACACCAGACCUGCCCCCUGGGCACCAGCAUCCAGCUGCUGCGCCUCCAGAGGGGCCUGCUGGCCCGUGGGGGGUGGGAGAUGCUCUCAGCCUGCAGUAUGCCCCCCGCGGGCUCCCGGAAGCCAGGUCUGGACCUUGCCGCUGGUUGCUGGCCUGAGCUGGCCCCUGGCUGCUGCCCUGGCUCUUGGCUGGGGCCUCUGGCUGCUCCCCUGUCCCCACCAAUGUGAAGGGCCCAUGUGGCCGCGGCUCGGCCAGCUCUUGACUGCCAGGGCGCCCCCAGCCCCUCCCCGAGAAACCCCUCCUCCAGCACCCCACCCCGUGGUGUCGCACGGCUGUGAGCUGCCCGCCUGCCUGCGCCAGUCCCCGUGUCCAGGGGCCCCGAGGAGGGCCUUGUGGCCUGAGCUGGCUUCCUGUCGCCGUGAGCAGAGCGCGAGACCCUCAGGCCUGUGGGGCGGCAGGGGCGUGGCAGCCGUGUCUCCCAAGAGGGCGUCAUCCAGUGGUCCUCAGCCCUCGGCCACGUCACAGGUCCGCGGGGGCUGCGUCCGGGCGUCUGCCCCUGGUGUGGACCGGCGUCGCUGGGCCUGGGGCGCGUGGUGAUGUCGGGAGCUGUGCAGGUGCCAAGGCCAGACCCGACGCUGGUUCUGAGAAGUCAGCUGGGGAGCCCCGGGCCACGGGGCCACGGCUGGCAGUCCUUGUGCCAGCACCACCUCCCCCCCAGAGCGCCUCCCUAUGGCCCCCGGCCCCCCGUGCCCCCAGCACAGGAGGCAGGGCAGCCACGCGCACAGGGUCGCUGUCUGGAGCCAGAGCCCGGGCCUCACCCCCGUGACCAGCCCCGCUCCGCCCCGGCCAGCGCCUCGCCCGCCCCGAGGGAGCACCCGGCACUCCAAGUCCACUCUGCACCCCGAGGCCACUGUCUGCGCCCCAAGAUCACUCUGCUCAGCCUCAGCCGGCGCAGGGGAGCGGGGGUGGGGGCUCUAUAGGUUCCCUGCGCUGGCUUCCGCGGUGCUUAUUAUCUGCACAUAUUUGGCCAAAGAUGAGAAACUGGGGGGCUCUGCGUGUUCGCGAUAGUUCAGAGCGCAGCGGAGCUGAGGGCUGGCCGCGCAGAGAGACACGCCGUGACGUUUGUGGAAUAAAAUCCUGAU